GUUUCCUUUCUAUCCUAUUCUUCUUGAGCUGUUUUGGUUUGGUAUGGUGUUCUUUUCGCUGCUUAUGUCCCGUUUCUUACUUCAAGCUUUUGUCUUUCUCUUCUCCUUUGGUACGGGCAAAUGCUGCUACACCUCACAAUUGUUUGGUUCCAUGUAGGACGGACGGCAUGGAUAAUGGAUUUCACUGCAAUGCUAUGGCAACCAGACGAAAGAAUUGUCGUCUACAGAGCACUUCCAGCGCCGAUGCGUGAAAGACGCCUAAAUCGGUACGUAAAACAUUUGCUCAGUGAGAUAGACACCAACAUCGGGCCCGCAUCUUUCAUUCCCUUCUCAGCUAGAGCAGACAAGCAGGUUCGUCCCAUUGUCCACAUCCCCGAGCGUCCACCUUCGCGCGAUCAGUUAGCCACUCAACACCAAGACCUUGGCCUCGGGGCCCAGAUCCAGCCAACCGCGAACCCACGCACUGGACCUGUGUCUCCACCGCCAUGCCAGACCAGCGGCAUCCAGGGAAAUAGCAGAUCGAUCCCAUUGCCACGGGCCUGGACCAGCUGGCGCGCAGCCAGGCAGCCGGGAUAGUCAGGAUGGGCAGCCAGAUAGGCAUGCAAGCACGCAAGCAUAUCCCCGCCGCGGAUCGCAAAAGGAAAAAGCAUCAACGCCAAAUGAGAGCCUAGAAGAAAAUCCCCGCGCCACAGAUCGCGUCUAUCUAUCGAACGCCUCUCGCUCGCGUGUGUGGGUGCGGGCGUGGCCA